GAAAAAUUUCGUGGAUUCGGGAAAUUCAUCGUAAUAUUUUUGCCGAUUUUCGUGAAGAAAAGUGGUUUUUGUUAAUAAUUUACUACCGGUUUGAAUUCAAUUGGUUAAAUUACAACAAAAUCAACACUGCAAAGGUGUUUUUAACGGUAAAAUGGAGAACGAUAUAUUAGAUUCACUUACCGACUUGGGCUACGAUGGUCCUCUCUCUGACGAGGUGGCAUUUUCGAAAGCUCUCGACGGUGGGCCCAAAUCAUUGGAGUUCACCAAACUGGUCCACAUACUAGCCGAAGAACUGAAGAAGCUGUUACAACUCGAAGAGACUGUCAACAUGAUGACCAGCGUAGACGAGUCCAGUUCGUUUUUGCUAGAAUUGAGCUCGUUUUUGAAGGAGUUGGGUUGUCCGUACAAGAAGUUGGUAGUAGGACACAUGUCAGCCCGACUUCAAAGCAAGGAGGACCGGCUUCUGCUGCUAGACUAUCUGGUGUCGGAGCUGAUGGCAGCAAGGAUGCAACGCGUCGACUGCCCCAAGGAGAAGUCUACGUCUGGCAUGGACAUUAUUGUGCAAGAGUCACCAACUGCGAAGAACCUGAAAGACAUUCUUAUAGCGUUGAAGUUUAACAAGCCUCCACCGAACAUCACCCCCGAAGUGCUAUUCGCUAAGUUAGAAGCCAAACUAAAGGACACCAUUCAGAAAGAUGGUGAACAGCUAGUAGGCAAGCCGUUAUACAACAAGGCAAUAACAGAAAAGGACUGGAAAGACAUUGAGAACGUGUUCACUGAGAUGUUUGAAGAGUAUCGCUGCAGGAGAGAGACGCUCAUCACCAGAUUGGAGUGCACGAUACAGAGUUUUGAGUGGUCCGAUCGCCUCAAAACCAAGAAAGACGUCAUCCAAUCCACGUACCGUCCGAAACGCGAGCAGCUCAAAGUCAAGCCGGACGUCCGGCUGUCCGACUUCCUAGCCGCCCGGACAUCGCUGCUUCAAGUUGAGAAAACCUCCAGCGUAUCUGUCCGGAAGAACACGAGAAGUGAUGUCAAUAAAGUUGUCAUAGGACAGGUUCCCGACAGAGGCGGGAGGCCAAACGAACAACAGCCUCCACCGCCGGAAAUGCCUUCGUGGCAACAGCGGACUGCGGGACCUCAGGGCGGUCGAGGCGGCGGUCGCGGUGGCGGCGGCGGGCGCGGUGGCGGUCGCGGCGGCGGUCGCGUUCAAGGCGGCUACAGCCAGGCUACUGGUGAUGGCAGACCACAGACAAGUCCGGCAGUUCCAAACCAAAACCGCAACUACCAGACCUACGAAGUACCACCAGGCGGUUACCAGAACCACAACCAGAACUCUGGCGGUUACCAGAAUCAUAGCCAGAACUCUGCCGGUUACGACAGGCAGAACUCUGGCGGUUUCGACAGGCAGAACUCUGGUGGUUACAACCAGAAUCACGGUGGUUAUGAUAGAAGAAACUCUGGUGGUCACGGAGGAUAUGCCCAGUCUCAGAGUUACGAUAGCAUGGGGAGUUACAACCAGGGUUACAGUCAAGGUGGUGGCGGAGGCUACAACAAAGGCUACCAAGGCCAAGGACAGGGCUACCAAGGCCAAGGACAGGGGUACCAGGGCCAAGGACAGGGCUACCAGGGCCAAAGGGGUCGCGGCGGCUACCGCGGGCGCCGUUGAUAUUACCCCCCUAGGCUGGGGGACAAGAUAAGAUAGUAUAUGUUGACUUUUUCAGUUGCUAGUUGAUUCUUAUAGGAAAUAUAGGGUGUGCAGGGAAGUGAGGUUUUUCUUCUGUCGAAUUAUACAGUUGUUGAAACUACGUAUGAUUAAACUUGAAAACGACAAAUUUUACCACCACUAAAUGAGAUUCCUCAAUUUGUUUUUAGUAAUUUGUACAGCAGAACAUAACAUAAACAGCUGAUGAUUACCAUAGUUUCAACAUUUUACUUGUUCUGCAAACACCCGGUAUAGAAAUGUACACGUACACACACAAGUAAAGCUCACUCGCCUUCGUGAGUUGCAAGAACCAUACAUGUUUGUGAUUAAUGAAACUAAAAGUUGUGAAUCUAUAUUUCCUAUGAGAUCAACGUGAUAAACAAUGUUUUCUCAGGAUUCGUGAGAAGAAAUUUAUCUAAAUUAAAUCAUAAUAGAAAUAUGCAUAUUUUUAUUCAAAUUUUAAUUGAAACUUAAUUGAUUAAGUUACGUAAUAAGAUAAAGGUAAUUCUUCCACAGUUGAAUAAUACAAGUUAUUUUUAGAUAAAAUUUCUUCUCAUUUAUAAUUAAUUAUGUUUAAUAAUAUACAGCAGCUUUAUUUAGUCCAAAGCGACGUACUAAACGCUUCUAGCGCUCACUAGUUGGCGCCAUUGGCGAGUGACACGCCUUACUCGAAUUGGCGCCAAUUGUUGAGCGCAAACUCUAAAAAAAAUAAAAAGUGAUAAAAAGAAUUUUGAAUUAGGUCAAUAUUUAUCGUGUAUUUGUGAUUGUGACUUAGAUAAUGCAUAGGACUUGUACUAAAUUAUUUAUAAAAUUGUCGUGUAUGCAAAAUAGCAAGGAUGUAGCUAUUUAUAAUGUUAACGCCAAUAAAAAACAACUGGCAUUCAAAUCUGUCUAUGUCCCUAGAAAUCUAGAUAAAUGGCGUGGUUCCUUAAAACUGAUACCCAUUGAACCCAGGUUAAGAAACUCUAUAACUUGAGAUCUCCUAGCUAGAUGACUGUAAGACGAUGAUAUCCCUGUAUUACAAAAUGUAUUAGUAGGUGUUUGUCAUCAUAACUUUUAAACUAAUAAUAAAGCAAUAUUCAUCGAAUGUGUGCCUAUAUCUACAUUUGUUUAUUUUCAUUAUAUUACUUUUUAUUUAUAUCCGGAAAUAUGCGCUUAGUUGGCGACAUUGUACCAGGAACUCUUACGGUACUACUUCGGUAGCCAUAAUAAUUUCAUGUUAGCAAUAAUUAUAUCUAAUGAAAAUCUACACUCAGCUUAGUUGCUCUCUGACAAAUAGCUAACAGAUAGGUAGAUAGCCAAGUUGUUUGUAGCUAAAUAAUUGGUGUUAUUUACUCGUUCUCAUAAAUAGUAACAAGUUUUUUUCAUGUUAUUCUAUAAUUAAUUCUUAAUCUAGACACCAAUGUUUAUUCUAGUUCCUUUCAUCCACGAAGACGCGCCCCGCCAAUUUUUGGCCGAGGGAAGCGCGGGGUGCGUGGAGUUUGAUCCGAGCAAUCCGAGCGUCAUUAUUGUAGUGUGCGUGUGCACUCAUGGAUAAUUUAGCGUGUACCGAUAACACUCAGACAUUAGCGGAAGAAUGGUGGGGCGCGUCUUCGUGAAUGAAACGAUUUAUGUUAUUGUAAAACUACUACUAAAUCAAACAUUUUUAACUCGAUCCUCGCCUUUCUCUGAAAUUAAUAUAGGGAUAGAUUUUAAAGAAGUGUGUCCAACUUCAAUUGAUAAACUAACUUUUAGUAACUAUACCAUUAAGCUGAAUACUACAAUUAUAGUGCAGUAAUGAGGGCUUAGUAAAUACGACAAUUUCCCUCAGCAGUUGGUGCCAUGGUAGAGUCAUCAUCAUCAUCAUUUCAGCCAUAGGACUUGAUAGGACGUCCACUGCUGAACAUAGUCCUCCCCCAAUGCUUUCCAUCUUGAUCGAUUGGUAGCGGCCUGCGUCCAGCGCUUCCCUGCUACCUUUAUAAUGUCGUCGGUCCACCUUGCGGGUGGACGUUUCAUGCUGCGUUUUCCGGUACGCGGACUCCAUUCCAGAACCUUGCUGCCCCAUCGGCCGUCAGUUCUGCGUACUAUGUGCCCUGCCCAUUGCCACUUCAGCUUGCUAAUCCGUCGGGCUAUGUCAGCGACUUUAGUUCGAUUACGGAUCUCCUCAUUUCUGUAUCAUGGUAGAGUAAGUUCCUGUUAUUCGCCAGAAGUGGCGCCAACUGAUGAGCGCAAUUAAGGAUACCCUAUAAUGACUUUUUUCUGUCCCAUGUCAUUCAAGGAGAAAAUGUAUAGAUUAAUUUCUUGCUUAGAAAAUAGAUGGUAACAAAAAAUAUUUUAUAUAACACAGUGCCACUGUAACAUUAGUUCUGGAGUAACACGUUAAAAGUAAGGUUAGCAAAUUAAUUCAUGUACUACUUCCAAGCCUUAAUGAAGCAAUGUAAAAGUAAAUAGUUGAUGUAAUAAAUAAGCUCUACUAAUAGUGAAUAUUAUUAAUAUAAUAACUGUUGAUGAAUAUUGUUUUUAAUAUUUUGCGAUGUUCGUCUUUUUAUUGUGUAUAUUUAUUUAUAAUUAAUUACGGUUUAUUUAAACAUCGCAAAAUGUUCUCUCAUGUCACUGUUACAAUACUUUGAAGUAUGGAAUUUGAAUGAACUCCGUAUGGAUCUUAUUUACUUAAAUAUACAUUUUUGCAAUUUA